CCGUUGCGAAUCGCACUCAUUGCUCGAAAUACGGCACCAAGAUGGAUGGAAAGGCCGCUGUGAUACACGAGGCAAGCGGCAGCCCUGCGGACGCACCAAAGGUGCUUCCAGGGGUGGAAGGCAGCAAUGCAGCUGCCGCCCUUGGAGGUGGAGCCACCACCAGUGCCGCCUCGACGCGGGCAGACGAAGAAGGUCAUCUUGCUGCUCAAGCGAUACCCGUAGCUACAAGCCCACAAUUUCCCCCCCAAUCUUCAUCAUCGCAGUUCCAAGCUGCCUCCAUCGAUCCCACCCAAAGCUCAGAUCUGCUUCCCGAUGACGUCCGGCAAAUAAUUGAUAGCGGCGCUGCUGGCUCUACUCAGGCGGCGCGACAAGCGUCCGCCAGCGCGGAUGGCGCAAACGACGACGAGCUGGAACGUUUGAGAGCCGCUGUGCUCGCAGCACGCGGCACACGAGCGCAGCUGCCUCCGGGACUGGAUUACGAGGUACCACAAACAAUGGAUACUUCUGAUGGGGAGAAGGACCAAUCAGAGCCGGUGGACACGGCCGCAGGGAAAGCGGUCUCAUCAGAGGCGCAGACUGAUCCCCGCUCGAAUGAACAGUCAAGUAGGCUGGGUGACCCAGUCGACGAUGACGAAGAUGCAGCAGCGACGGCGAUGCUGAAUAGAGCUCUGACGGCAAUGGGCGAGCCUGUCGGUUUACCAGCAGCUUUGCCCCCGAGUAGGAAGCGCAAGCGCAGAAGGCGUGGAGAGCCGAGCGCUAAUAUUGCUCUGAAUGAAAGCGAAGGCGACAGUGAUGCAUCAAGCUCGAGUUCUUCCUCCUCCUCUUCCUCCUCUUCUUCGUCAUCCUCGGCUUCAUCGUCAUCCUCAUCUUCAUCCUCCACCACGACUGGGGCGCUCAGGCAGGUGAGGAAACAAGCGGUCGCUCAGUACGACUCUGACGACUCUGAUGACGGACCGCGCAAGGAAGCUGGUUCGCUUACGGGACCCACGACCGCUCACGAGUCGGAGCCAUACGAGUCGGAACAGGCAGCUUUUGAGAGUGUGCCUGAUGAUCUGGAAAUGCGACCACUAGGGUCGAUCCACAGCAUCGUCGACGGUGUGGUCAUCGUGGCGCAUGAUGUUGCGAAACAGAAUGCGGCUAGAGGGACGCCAGCUCAGCAAGAGCAUCAUGCUGUGCCCAAGUGGAUGAGACCAGAACCUUAUCGUCCGCGCGACAUGGCUGGGACAGAGGGCGAGGCGGACGGAGAGUACAGCGUGCUCGACUCGGGAAGCACCAUCGCAUUCGAAGACCGACGGGUGCUUGGAAGGGUGUACGAGACUUUUGGCUCCAUCCUGGCGCCGCUCUACGCCGUCAGAUUCUCUACAGCUUCAGCACUGCCGACCGGUACCGUCCCGGGCACACAGGUCAGCUACGUUCCUCAGCACAGUACAUAUGCGCUCACCCAACUGCUUCGACGCGAAAAAGGCUCGGAUGCUAGCAACUUUUUUGACGAAGAAGUCGGAGAUGAAGAGAGAGAAUUCUCGGAUGAUGAGGCGGAAGCUGAGUUCAGGAAGAACAAGAAACAAGAAAAGGCACAACGGCUUGCGGGCAUCAAUGCUUUGAACGGCUCCAAUAUGUCGGCGGGAAAGAAAAACAAGAAACGGAAGGGCAGAGGAGAUAAUGCUAGAGGGAAUGGAUCCCUGGUCCACCAAUCCAUUGGACCAGCCGCGCUGCCCUCAAGACCCGAUUUCGAUGCAGUCCCGAGCACUUUGCCUCCCUUGAGAUUUGGAGGUGGCUCAAACGGGCCGGAUCCGCGGGCUAUGCCAUUACCUUACGACGAUGCCGCGCCGCAGGCUACAGGACCCAGCAAAUUUGGCCAGCCAGCCUUUACCGGCGUAUCAGGACCAAGCGCUGGCAUAAGUGCACCACAAGGGGGCGCCUUGCAAGGCCUAGCUCACCACGAGGCGCUGCUCCAACAGCAGCGGCAGCAGCCGCAGCCGCGCCACCACGCUAACCCUGGCCCGCCACCUGGGGCUGCCGUAAAUCCUCUGUUCUACGGUCAAUGGAGCAUCCCAGGGCAAUCGGGGCCUGCCGGUCCAGCGCCGAACUCGAAUCCUCAUUGGAGCGCGCAAGGGUAUGGCGCCUGGCAGCAGCAGCAGCAGCAGCAGCAAUACUACGGCACUCCUCAUCCAGCGAACCAGACCACGUACGGCCAGGCACAACUGCACGCUUCUCAACAACAUGCAUCAUGGCAGGGCGUGCCGCAACAGACGCAACAAAAUGUGUAUCAGGCAGGAGCGCAGCAAAGCUCGUCGGGCGCGUACUUCCAGGCGAAUCAGCAACCGGGUGCUGCUGCCGCUCAGCAAGGGUAUUGGCCUCACGCUCCGCAUCAAAAUGGACACUCGACGUUGCAACGGGAUUCGCAGGGAUACAGUCCUCAUCAGGCUGGAGGUCUGUUUCCGAAGGGACAUCACGUGAGUGUUGGUCAAACGCCGCAUCCAGGACAUCAUGGUGCUGGAUAUGGACAGCAGUGGAAUGGACAUGCGCCGAGGUGAUCAUUAUGCCUCUCUGUUUCAGACCCAUCAUGUCUCUCGCCCCUAAUUCUUUGGAUGCUUCUGCGUGCACAUCGCUUCUCCUGCGAACAGUGAAUGCUCGAGAGAAUUUUCAAUGCGCUCGUACGUGCGUUUGACC